CAGAUGUUGGCGGAAAGUUCAAACAAACUUCCAUGGCAGUGGAACUGACGGACACAACACCACCUUCUUCUGCCAUUCCGAGACCGGAUCCCAGAAAUCUCACCAGUUUACCUCAAAUUCUGUCUUCUCUGUCUGAUUUUGAGUCGCAGGAAGCUGAACUUUCCACUUCAUUAACGGACCUAUUGGCCGCCAGUGAACCCAUAACUCAAUCUCUCUCUCGCUUACAAUCCCUUGCACCUCAGUUUGAUGAUCUGUUGAAAAAUGCUUCCAUUCUGUCACACAAUGUAUCAUCUACGGCGAAGACGGCCGAGCGGAUAGGUGGUCGAGUACAAUCCUUGGACGAAGAAAUGCGACGAAUUAGAGAGGCCGGCGACCGUGUGGGCCAAGUCAUCGACUUAAAGUCAUCGUUGACUGCUCUUCAAUCAUCAAUUGAGGCCAGUGACUGGGAAUCUGCAACCCGACAUUGUGCGCGAGCGAUGUCUCUACCCUCAGAAGUAAUUUCUGGAUCUUUCGCUGAGUUCGCGGUCCCUACUUCAGAAAGUCAUUUACCCCCUGCCCAAACUCUUCAAGAAGCUCGAGAACACCUUUUACAUGUGUUCCGUGUCAAUUUCGAGCAGGCGUCGCGUUCGCGGGACUCCACAGCUACAAGUAGAUUCUUCAAGCUUUUUCCUGCCAUCGGAUGGGAGAAAGAGGGUCUUCAGGCCUAUGCGACUUUCGUUGUUGACUCGGUUCGGGUUAAAGCACCAACUUCCGCCAAAACUUCUUCUCCUUUGUAUUUCAUUGCUGCGCUUACUUCCCUCUUUGAGAGCAUAGCUAUGAUCGUUGACCAGCAUCAACCUGUAGUCGAAAAAUACUAUGGAGCUGGCAAGAUGAAGGCUGUUGCAGAGCGUCUCUUGGACGAAUGCGAUAGAGUAGUCAAAGAUGUCAUGAGUAGAUGGCAGGAAGAACGCUCCAUUACUCGCAAAAUUUCUGAUAUCACAAAUAAUCCCCCAAUGUCUUCAAUAGCUGCUGCUGCGCGCAGACCGCAGGCCGCUUCAAAUCAAGAUGACGAACUCAUUGAUCCUAGGGAAAUCGAUCAAGUAAUUAUCGAAAUGAGUGGAAUGGUGGGUCGAUGGAACCUGUUCAAAAAAUUCCUUCUGGACAGCUUUGAAGCCCCCGACCCUACCUCAGCUUCUCUUCCGCUUGACUCAACGGCAUCUCAAAUGGUCUUCGACGAAGUUUUGGUUAAGUAUUAUAUACCCCUGGAGGUGUGGUAUGUUAGAGCUAUCAUUGACAAGGCGCACCGUCUGUCCCAGCCCGACAUGACCCAAUCAGCUACUACGACUACAACGCCAGACGACGUGUUUUACAUUCUUAAAGUAGUGCUCCUCCGUCUUUCGUCUACUGGCUCUUUGAAUGCUGUCGAACGGAUGGCCGAACAAUUACGCGACAUAUUGGAGAAAGACUAUGCCGUUGUUCUCAAGAAGAAGAUGGACGAAGUUUACCGUUCAGCGGGUACAUCAGGGCAACUUGUUCGCGGAGAGAAAGCUGACCGCGAGAAUAGGCUCGCUUUCGCUGUUAUCCUCAAUGAUCUUGAUGUUUCGUCGUCGCACCUUGAACGUUUGAUUCGAGAUCUUUUAGGCAACGGUGCUAUCAAUCAGUAUUUCUUGCUAUCCCAGCAGCAGCUGGUCAAGGAUGUUUUUGCGUCUCUCUCGAGUUUAGUGACCAAGUUUCGCUCGACUUCUCGGGUCGGCAUUGAGCAAUUGUUUAACCAGCUUAUACGACCUAAACUAAGAACUUUCAUUACCGAAGUCUACAGAGAUGUAUCAUAUGUCUUGGACGAUGAUUCCUACUCCAAUGCCGAGUGUCAAGACCUUGUUCGAAAGCGAUUUAUAAAGUCGUGGGACACCCUCAUGGAUGAUUACAAGGAUUCAUUUACUGAAGCUAAUUUUCGGAUACUUUUUGGUUUGGUGUUGGAUACCUUACUACGUCCUUGGGAAAGAUUCAUGAUGGGAUUCAAAUUUACUGAGCUCGGUGCUAUACGCUUCGACCGGGACUUGCGAUCCGUCAACACGUAUCUGUCAUCUCAAACGGCUUUUGGAGACGGAAGGGAAAAAUUCGUUCGUUUACAACAAAUGUCUACUCUGCUUAACCUUGACAGUGAGGAAGAUGUUGAUGAGUUCUACAAUGGUUCAGGGAUAACGUGGAAGGUUAGCUUGCAGGAGGCACGAGCUAUAGCUGCACUUAAAAUUUGAUAA